UGAGCAAGUUCAUGUGUCCUGUAUAGUAUAUAUAUUUAGAGAGAGGUAAUUAGAGAUAGAAAGAGAGAGAGAGAGAGAGAGGACAUUUCUUGAAGGAGAGAGAAAGGUUUUGUUUUGGUCUCUCUUGUUGUGGUGUGCUGGUGCCUUCUAUAUUCCCAUGUGCGAGCUUUGAAGAUCUAGUUUGUAGUUGCUCAUUUUGGUGCUUGUCUAAUUGAAGAGAGGCAGUUACGAUGUCAUCUCUCAGUAGGGAGUUGGUGUUCUUGAUCUUGCAGUUUCUUGAUGAGGAAAAGUUCAAAGAGACUGUUCACAAGCUUGAGCAGGAGUCUGGGUUUUUCUUUAACAUGAAGUAUUUUGAGGAUGAAGUGCACAAUGGUAAUUGGGAUGAGGUUGAGAGGUAUCUCUCUGGUUUUACCAAAGUGGAUGAUAAUAGGUAUUCUAUGAAGAUAUUUUUUGAGAUAAGGAAGCAGAAGUAUCUGGAAGCAUUAGAUAAACAUGAUCGGUCCAAGGCUGUAGAAAUAUUAGUGAAGGAUUUGAAAGUCUUUGCCACAUUUAAUGAAGAGCUGUUUAAGGAAAUCACACAGCUUUUGACAUUGGAGAAUUUUAGGUAUGCAUAUAAUUCUUAG